AUGGCUGCUGCAUCUCCUGUCAUCCCGGCCCAAACCGCCAUCUACAAGCCCGGUGGCCUGAAUCUCUACUCUCGCUUCGCUCUCGCCAGAGAGUUGGACUGUUCCAUAACCCAUGCAGUCUUCACCCCUGUCGACGUGUACGUUGAUCUCGCUUUCAUUCUUCGCAUAGCCCGUACCCAACCUACAAUGCUUGUUCGCAACGAAGGCAUCAGCGAUCUACUAACGGGCUUUGGCCCGACUUUUAUCGGCUACUUCAUCCGAUGA